GGGGGCGGAGGGGAGGUGGGGGGGCGAAUCCGGAAGUCAACAACAUGUCGAGUCGGCACCAGAGCCGAAUUGCAGAUUUCCAGGAUGUCCUGAGGGAGCCCAAAAUUGCCCUGGGGAAGCUUCGAGAACUCAGUUUCAGUGGGAUCCCUUGUGAGGGUGGACUGCGCUGCCUUUGCUGGAAGAUUCUUUUGAACUACCUCCCCUUGGAGAGGGCCUCAUGGACAUCCAUCCUGGCCAAGCAGAGAGAGCUGUAUUCCCAGUUCCUGAGAGAAAUGAUCAUUCAGCCUGGCAUAGCCAAAGCUAACCUGGGGGUAUCUAGAGAGGAUGUUACUUUUGAAGACCAUCCACUUAAUCCGAACCCUGAUAGUCGGUGGAACACUUACUUCAAGGACAAUGAGGUGUUACUGCAAAUAGACAAAGAUGUCCGGAGGCUGUGCCCAGACAUAUCCUUUUUCCAGAGGCCUACAGAUUACCCAUGCCUCCUCAUCCUGGACCCUCAGAAUGAAUUUGAAACCCUUCGAAAGCGGGUGGAGCAGACGACACUGAAAUCACAGACCGUGGCAAAAAACCGGAGUGGGGUCACCAAUAUGAGCUCACCUCAUAAGAGCCCAGCCCCAAAUUCACUUAGUGAGUAUCAAGUGCUGCCCAAUGGUUGUGAAGCCCAUUGGGAGGUGGUGGAGCGAAUUCUGUUCAUCUAUGCGAAGCUGAACCCAGGCAUUGCUUACGUCCAGGGUAUGAAUGAAAUCGUGGGGCCUCUCUACUACACUUUUGCCACGGAUCCCAAUAGUGAAUGGAAAGAACACGCUGAGGCAGACACAUUUUUCUGCUUCACCAACCUGAUGUCUGAGAUCCGGGACAACUUCAUCAAGAGCCUGGAUGACUCUCAGUGCGGCAUCACCUACAAGAUGGAAAAGGUGUACUCCACCCUGAAGGAAAAGGAUGUGGAGCUCUACUUGAAGCUGCAAGAGCAAAACAUCAAACCACAGUUCUUUGCUUUCCGAUGGCUGACACUGUUACUGUCCCAGGAGUUCCUGCUUCCUGAUGUCAUCCGCAUCUGGGAUACCCUCUUUGCUGAUGACAACCGAUUUGACUUCCUCCUCCUCGUCUGCUGCGCCAUGUUGGUAUUGAUCCGGGAGCAGUUAUUGGGAGGGGACUUCACCUUGAACAUGAGGCUGCUUCAGGAUUACCCCAUCACAGAUGUUCACCACAUCCUACAGAAAGCCAAGGAGCUCCAGGACUCGAAGUAGGCUGGUAGCAGGGAGGCUCAGGACUCCAACUACAUACAAAAAGGCCUUGUGGUCAGGGCUGAAUCUGUGUCAGCCCUUGGAGACUCCCAGAUGCCUCUGUUGUGCCUGAAGCUGUUGGGGCAGUAGAGUUCAGGCUGAUUGAAUACCCUGCUCCAGGUGUCACUCAUUCACAUGACCCAAUCAGCACCUCCGAAGCAGCUCCAUUCUUUUAUAAUUGUAUUUUAUUUUCCUACUUUGAUAUUUCAUUAUCUGUCUAAUGUUUCCCAUUCCCUUCUCAGUCUCCCCCUAUCCCACUGCACACUUCACACCUUAUCAUCAAUUUCCUCCAGACCAUUUCAGGAUUGGAGCCAGCCAGGCUCACUUUCUUUGGAAGGAUUCUGUUGGGUGAGUGGUCUGCCUGGAAGUUGACAAGGGUCACUUCAUGUCUCUACCUCCCUAUCUUUCCCUCAGUCCUGCUGCUGAGGAUCACAACUACUGCUUUUCCUGCUUCUGGAUCUGCCUCACCAUAUAUCGUGGGGGUGGGGAAGUAAAGAAUUUUCUAGAGACCCUUCAUUCCUCCUCUAGCAGGGGCUUUGAAAGCUGCUUCCCUGAGAAAGCACCACUAGAAAGAACCAAGAGGCUGAUCAUGAGGAACUUCUUUUUGCUCUCAGUGUUUCUUCCCUCUCUCACUUUCCUAUUUUGCCUUAUUUCAGGGCUGUUUUCCCCAAUUUUAUCAAAGCAAUUAGUCUAAUAGGAUCCCCAGGUGGUGAAUCACUUGAUAACACUAAGGCCUUAUUUCGAGGGAGCCAAGGACAGUGGCAGUGCUAGGGAGCUCAGACCUUGCUUGUAUGACUGCACAGGUUCAGGACCUUGGAUGUUUCUUGCACCCUUGAAUCCCUCACCUUCAAACCUCUGCCCACCACAUUUUGGCAGGCCCACAGUGUUUUCAGAGUUUGGCUGACCCAGGGUUCCUUCACUGCCCAAUUAAAGAUCUCUGUCUCGGAGACCAGGAGUCACUAAGUUUUACCCUAUGGAUGUUUUGAGCCUAAUACCAUCCAGAAAACCUUUGUUGUUUUUCCUCCCUUAGGUCUCUGUCUUUAGAACCCUACAAGGGUACCACUUGCCUGGAAAGGGCUCAGAGGUGGGAGGCAGGGACCCAGGGACUAUGGAAAGCACUGCAACUUGUUUCUUCAGUUCAGAUCCAAGGUUUUAACUGGAAAGGAGAGUUCUUAAUAGGAAAAUGGCUUAGAAUUAUUAGCUUAUACUGAUUUGGGGACAGGUAUCAAAUAAUGAGGAAACUGGGAUGAGCAACUGGGGUCAGUUGCUGACAGGCACUUAUUGUAAUUUAUAAUAGGGCUUACCUCCAAAGGGACUUCUGAUGCUAAUGCUGAGGACUAAGGAGCCCAAAUGUGUUAGUACAGGGAAGAUGAUUUGUUUAGAGAACAAGCUAGCACUCCAUUGGCAUAGACACCAAAGUAGGAUAAUCCUAGAAGGGUUUGCUGGCCAGCUGGCUCUAGCCUGGCCCCUUUGGAAGCCACUUCUCCCCUUGAUAACAGCAGUGGGUGAAUGUGUUCAAAAGCAUGUUAUUUCUCUUUGGCGUCUGUUUGUAUAAUAUUAGGAGAAGGUAGAAAGAAUAAAGUAUCAGAGGGAGA